AUGUCCAAAAACCAUAUGGAAGGACUAAAUAUACUUAAGGUGGCUCUGAUGGAACUAAAAUCAAUUAAGUACACCUAAUUUACCAGGAACAAAAUUCGUUCGAUUCUUGCCUUAAAGAAUAACAAGACUCUCUAAGAACAAGACACUUUGAAAUUCAGAAACGAGUGCUUUGCCUAUUACAGUCUGAUGAAGCAGGAAUUGCAUCAAAAGGACUUAACUAUAACUACGGCAGAGCACUUGAAGAAAACUAUGAAAAAUAAUUAUUGGGUAAAAUGA